AGAAAAUGUGGGCCGGGAAACAUGGUAGUUGUAGGUACUUUAGAUUGGGCUGAUUGGUUUACUAGAUUGACGUGGUCGAGUUCCCCGACCACACCCCGACGAACACAGUCUACGUGGAACAACGAAAGUAAACAUCAGCUCCGAAGAAAUUUGUACUAUUAAGUUAAACAAGAUGGGGAGCAGGGCCAAGUACAAUGGUGGCAGUGGUGUUGGCGGAGGAGGAGGCGGAGAAGACGAAUUGAAGCAAUUAACGGCUGAGCUGGGCAAAACCCUAAAAGAAGGAGAGAGAAUACUGGCCCCAACUCGACGGCCCGACGGCACUCUCCGUAAGCCCAUUAAGAUUAGGGCGGGUUAUGUUCCUCAAGAAGAAGUUGCCAUUUAUCAAUCCAAAGGCUCCCUAUGGAAAAAGGAGAUGGCGUCGUUGCAGGAUGUGCCGCCGGGGUACGAUCCGGUGACGGAUGCCUCCAAGCCCAAGACUAAAUCCGCUAAGAGGAAUGAACGAAAGAAGGAAAAGCGUUUGCAGGCUGCUCUUGAAAAGGGUAAAGAUUCUGAAAAAAAUGAUACCUCCUCGGUGGAAGAUUCAAAUAACGUGCUGGAGCCUGAAGGGACAAUUGCAUCCCAGAUGAAUGAGCUCAAUAUAUCUUCAAAUCCUUCCGUGGUUAAUCCUCCUCCAAGUUCAGAAGAAAGUUUGACUCCAGCUGAUCAUGUUCAGGAUAUUGACAAGAAGAUACGUGCAUUGAAAAAGAAGAUACGGUUGACAGAAGCUCAAAAGCAGAAAACCAUGGAGCAAGAGAUGAACCCAGAGCAGUUGGAGAAGGUAGCAAAAUUAGAAGGUUGGUGUGAAGAGUUGAAGCUUCUGGAGGAUAAGAAGGCUGAACUGGUUGCUGCAGCAUCCUGAUUUUAUCAUGUGUGGGACAUCAAGCUUAUAAAGUGUUAAAUUCAAAAACUAAAAAGCUCGAACCAGUGUUGGACAGAAAUUUGUUGGGCAAGUCAGAUCUAGGCCUUUCUAAUGUUAAAACAAUUUUUGAACUCGUUGAAUCGAACCUUCCCCAAUGAGCUGUGAGAAGAAUCUGAUUCAUUGAUAUAGCAAUUGCCAACAUAGUUAUAAUUUCUUUUGGUCUGUUUGAUUGGCAUAUUUAGGCUAAAUGAGACUGCUAACAAAGUGAUGCACUUCCAUUGGAGGCCUGAUGGUAGACCUAAGUAGUGGGUCUGUUAGCAUCUGCUGAAAACUGAAUGUGGCUUACUAAUAAGCAUGGAAAUGAAGCCAGCUUUUGGUAAGAUUUAUGGCACUGUCCAGAGAGAAGGGGGGGUCGAUAUGUGAGAGAGAGUGGCUAGGAAAUAUGGUGAUACUUGGUAAGGGUCAUAGGAACUGGAGCAAUUGGCUUCAAAGCAGCGCUUUGAACAAUUGAUUUGUAUCUUGAGAAACAGUAGGCCGCUCUGCAAGGGGCAGUCUUCAAAACGUAAAAUACUGGCAUAAAGUUAAAAGAAAAAAGAGAGGACCAGAUGGUGAAAAUCAAGUCUUAACAAAUUUGGUGCACCACAAUUUGACGUUGUUUCUUCUCCAAAAUUGACGUUGUUGU